UUUGCUCUUUUCUUAGUCACUUUCCAAUCUGGCCAGACUUGUGAUGACAGUUCGCGAGAAGACUUGGCUUCAAUGAUCACUGAAGCUCCUAGAUUCCCGUUUAAUCCUUAUUACACGCUAAUGCCAGUCAGGUAUCCAACAGCUGUGAGUACAAGGACGAACCCUGCGUUCGUUCCCUUUGCAAGCUGUACAACUCCCAAUAAGGAAAUGGGCAUUUGCGCAGAGAGCGGAGCUUGCAUUCGAAGUGGUGGCCGGGCCAGUGGCACUUGUGACCUCGGCCGUGUUUGUUGUGUCAACGUUGUGUCCAACACCUGCGAUGAUGAAGACAGGCAGGUGGUUACACUGGACAACACGUAUUGGCUGUCUCCUACGACUGGCCUUAGUUCAACUACGAGCAGCUGCAGUUUGACCGUCAAGCUGGACGCCACUUUACCAGAGCAAGGAAAGGCCGUCUGUCAAGUCCGUUUGACGUUCGUGUUGUUCACCAUCGCCCAACCGAAUGCAGAAUCCGUUUGCAACACGGACACAUUCGAUGUGGCAGGUGCCUCUAACAAGAUCCCGACUAUUUGCGGGGACAACGAGGGACAACACAUGUACCUUAAUGUGCCAUCUUCAGACACCUCUCCAACUGACUUGCAGUUGUCAUUCAAUUUUGGAACGAAUUCGAACUCUAUCCGCGCUUGGAACAUUCUCAUUUCCAUGAUACCUUGUGAUUCGGUGAAUCUCGCGCCAUUGGACUGCCUGCAGUACUUCACCGCACGAACGGGAACAGUGCGUUCGUUUAACUGGAGGGAUGUUGCAGGAACGCGUACCCGACAAUUGGCCAAUCAGGAUUAUAGCAUCUGUUUCAAAACAAUGCCCGGUUUCACGAAGACUUUAUGCUUGACGCCGUGUACGGUAACAUCAACUCAAAUGCCAUUCAGCAUCAGCGUUGCGUCUACCAUUGCAGUGGCGGGCAGAGUGCCGGUACCAGCUGUGCCUACACCAAACCAGAGCCAACUCGCCCCUCUGAAUUGUAAUAACGAUUACCUGGUCAUUCCGGGUGGGUACAAUAGUGCAAAGCCACCGUCCGUCGAUAACAUGGCUUACGAUCGCUAUUGCGGAGAGAGGCUCAACGCUUUGCCCGGCAACGUAGCAUCUACAACUGUUUGCACCACUGCGACGCCAUUUAGGCUUUUAUUCCGCACCAAUGGCGACGAGACGACGACGACGCCAACUCCCGAUUCACGCACCAAUGGAAAUCGUGGAUUCUGUCUCACUUUCCGAAAUCAAUAAUUCACGCAAUUCAAUCGCCUUAUUGUCAUUGUUAUAG